AACCCACACAUUGCUUCUGCCUGAACCACAGCGAGCCCAGUCCUGGAUAAAUAACCACACUAAAGGCUGAAUAUAAAAAAAGCAGCAGCUGCAGACGAAGAGAAGCAAACAGCAACAUCUUGUUUCUUCUCCUUCCUGGCAUCUAAACUUGGAGAACAUGAAGUCCCUGCGGUUCCUUGCAGCUGAGGGCUUCAUCCAGACCGGGUCAGUGGCUUUGGGGAACCUAAACUGUGUGUCUUUUAACCUCUAUCCGCUUCUCUUCAAGGCCUGCUUCCUGCAUGAGCAGGCUGAGCUGCUGCAAGCUUUGGUCCGGACAUGGCCUCUUCCAGACCUCAUUAUGCAGAGACUCCUGGGACGGUCCUCUGACUGCGAGCUGGACCUGACCUCCUGCACCUGCCGCACUUGCCUACACGCAGUUCUGACCGGCCUAAAGGACUAUGUGCUGUCUCCUCCAAGAACUUAUGCCAAGAGAUUGCACGUGGUGGACAUGACUGCCCUCAAAGACGUCGAGCACCAAGCCUGUCCAUGCCGGUCCACCAUGGGACGGUGGGCUCGGACCCAGCUCCUGACUCAAAUGUGCUUUGAGACCAUAGAGGCCAUGCAGGCGAGCGCUCCGAACCCGUCUGCGCUUGAAACGUCCGUCAACGUCCUCCUGAACGGAUUCGUGACCGCCCGGAACUACGAGCUGGUUGCUCAGGCCUUCCUGCUACUCCGCUACUGCCCCCUGAAGGUCCGCUUUGUGAGCUUUAGAGCCGACUCCCUCGCUCUCAAGCAGCUGUUCUACGUUCUUCGCCUGGCGGGGCCCGAGUCCAUGACGAAGCUGGAGGUGGUCCACAACGUUCCCCUGGAGGCCCCGCACCUGGAGGUGCUGCUGUCCAGGGUGAAGUUCCCCAAGCUGCAGUCUCUGACGCUGCCAGCGGGGGCGCUGGACGUUAGGAGGCUGGGCGCCGAUGACGACGACCUCCUGGCGACCAUUGGCGGCCUGCUGGCACAACUUGGCAACCUGACUGAGCUUUACGUCGGGUUCUCGACUCUUACCGGACAUCUUCGCAGGCUGCUAUACCCCCUCAACACGCCACUGAAGUGCCUGGAGCUGGCCAACUGCUGCCUGAACCGCGUGGACCUCACCUACCUGGCUAACAGUCUGCACAGCGAGGCCCUGGUCCACCUCGACCUCAGCGGACACGACGUCUUCGGGACUUUUUCCGUGUCAUUCUACAAACUCCUGAGCCGCUGCUCCGCCACGCUGACGACCCUCAUCCUGGAGGAGUGCGACAUCGAGGACGAACACCUAACCACCUUCAUCAACGCGCUGGCUCCUUGCCAGGCGCUGGAGGAGCUAAAACUUCUGGGAAACCCUCUCGGCGCCGUCGCUCUGAGGAGGUUGUUCUCCACGCUGACGACGGGGUUUCCCAAACUCAGGUACAUAGAGGUACCCGCGCCCCGCGAGUGCUACUCUGAAGACGUCGCCUAUCCUCUGGAAGAAGCAGUGCUGCUGAACUACAACAGAGACUUGUUCCAGCAGACCAGAGGUCAGCUUUUGGGCAUCCUGGAGCGAGCCGGCAGAGGAGGAGUGGAGGUGUGCACGCCCCUCCAGGGCGCCUACGAUCCGGACAUUAACGAAACCAGCAAUGAACUCGGCGUGUCGAUGCUAAAAUCUCUCAACACCGUGGUUGGGAAUCUGAUUGGUACGUUAACAGAUGUAGACGCCAGGAGAGCACAGGGCCAGAGAGGCGAUGAGAACGCCUCAUGAGCAUCAGAUGGACAUGAAGGGCCUUCGUCUCACGUUUUUGGACAAAUAUAAUUGGAGCACAUCUUUAGAAUUUAGUGAAUUAUUAAUUCUGUACAUGGAUCCAUGUUUUUUUUUAGGCUGUUCUAAAUCUAUCUAGCCAUAUGUCCAUCACAAUAAAGUGUAACCUUGCCUCGUUUUAAGUUACACUCUAGAUUUCAGAAACAAAAUGACCAAGCUACAGUCCCCUGGAUAAGUAUUCACAUCCUUAAAUUCAAUAUGCAUAUCUUAAUGUGUUGUAAUUUUAUAUGCAUCUCUGCUUCAAGGCACCUGAGUCAAAUAAUCAGGUCAUUAGCAGGAUUUAGGAGAACUGCAUACUGAGGUAAUUCAGCCAUUUGAUUCAGGUGUGAUGGACCAGGUACCAAGUUAAAGACUGCUCUUCUACAACAUCUUGUUUCAUGGGGGGAUGAAUACAAAAACAUCUCUGACUUCA